GGUGGUCCCGGGGAUCGAACCCACUACCCUGGCGUUACAAGCACCAUGCUCUACCAAUUGAGCUACAGAAGACCACACAUGCAUUAGUGUAGAAAUAAAAUGUGGUAAGCCUAUGUAAAUGACCUAAAUUAUUUUUGGUCAAUACCUAUCAUGGACUGUAUAAUGUAUAAUUUUUUUCUAUGUGAAAGAUGACAAAUAAAUGUACUUUGAUAUAAAAAAGAAUUUCUCCUCACAAUUGAUAUUGUCACCAGGAGGAAAAUAGUACUUUGCGUUUUCAAAAACAUUUGUAAAAAGACCACAAAUAUCUGUGGGAAAUAGCCGCGAGAGUGGUCGCGCGACAGACAGGAAUGCAGCCCCCCUCUCACACUUUUGCAGUUAUAAAUAACAUUGAUUAUCUGUGUGGUGGUGCUCUGGUUGGCCAACAUGUACAGUAGUCCCGGACCCUUUCGCCCCUCAAGAGACUGUGAUUGGUCAAGGGCUAUUUGAGAGAAAACGAGAUCAACAAGAACGACGGCAGCUGAUCUCAACGGAGCAAAAAGGCGUCCCAAAGAGAGCAUCGAAGUUCACUCAAUUCUUUGACGAGUGCCUCGGACGAAACUGUUAGUUUCCCGACAAUUUGCUCUUCACGCUCAGCGUUGAAGCGCUUACAGUCCCCACUAUAGAACAUAGUGAUUCCACCUCUCCCAUACUGUCUCAGUGGCUGGUAGGUAGGGAGGGAGUGAGUGAUGAGGAUUGGCUGGCCUCUCCUGGCUGCAGGGCUGUACUCAGUGCUGUCCCAGAUGGUUCUGGUCCGAGGCUGUCUAGACUCCUGUAAGGAAUGCUCAGGUCCUCAGAAUGACCUGUGUCUGGAGUGCAGAACAGGCUGGACCCUCCAUGUCAACACAUGUGUAGACAUAGACGAGUGUGGCACAGAGCUGGGUCAGUGUCCUCCCAACACCUACUGCUUCAACACAGAGGGCAACUAUCAGUGCAGAGGCUGUGAUGACGCCUGUGUGGGCUGUAUGGGCGCUGGGCCAGCUCGCUGCAGGAAGUGUGCUACUGGCUACAGACUAACUGGAGCCAAGUGUUUAGAUAUAGAUGAGUGCAGUGAGCGGGUUAUGGCAUGUCCAGGGCUGGAUGAGAUCUGUACCAAUGUGGACGGCUCUUUCCGCUGUGACUGUGCUGAAGGCUUCACACGCCAGGACAGCAUCUGUAUGCAAAAACAGCUACCCAGAGGUGUGGGUGAGAAGGGUCUGUUUGAGGACAUCCAGGAUGAAGAGGUGGAGGUUCUCCAGCAGAUGUUCUUUGGGGUGCUGCUCUGUGCUCUUGCCACCCUGGCUGCUAAAGGAGACAUGGUCUUCACCUCCAUCUUCAUGGGUGGAGUGGCGGCCAUGGCUGGAUAUUGGCUCUCAGACAGGAGAGACCGCGUACUGGACAGCUUCCUUAAGGGACGCUAGAGCUACAGUGGCUUGCGAAAGUAUUCACCCACCCCCCUUGGCAUUUUUCCUAUUUUGUUGCCUUACAACCUGGAA